GGGAUUGAGUCCGCGUGAUCUGCGCCAGGCGGAGGCCGGCCCGGGGGGGGGGGGGGUCAGGGGUCAGGGCGGUGUGACGUGACGUCGCGUUGGGAGCCCGGCGGCCGAGGCGCCGGCAUCAACAUGGAGGUCCAGUACAACCUGAGGAACCCGGCUGUGAAACGUUUAAUGAAAGAAGCACAAGAACUGAGAGACCCCACAGAACAGUACCAUGCCCAGCCUCUGGAGGAUAAUUUAUUCGAAUGGCAUUUCACAGUACGAGGUCCUCCAGACUCUGACUUUGAUGGUGGUGUAUACCAUGGCCGAAUAGUGCUGCCACCAGAGUAUCCCAUGAAGCCGCCCAGCAUUAUUCUUCUAACACCUAAUGGUAGAUUCGAAGUAGGAAAGAAGAUUUGUCUGAGCAUUUCGGGACAUCAUCCCGAAACCUGGCAACCAUCCUGGAGUAUACGAACUGCAUUGUUGGCCAUUAUUGGUUUCAUGCCAACGAAAGGAGAAGGAGCCAUUGGUUCUCUGGAUUAUACUCCCGAUGAGAGAAAAGCACUGGCCAAAAAGUCACAGGACUUCAACUGUGAAAUUUGUGCCACUUGCAUGAAGACAGCCCUGCUUGCAUGCUCAGAAAGUAGCAUUCCAAGUCUCGCUGAUGUGGAGGCCAAAGAAUUAGCAAAACAAAUCAAUUUUAAGGCAGAGACACAUACUUCCAGCAAUGCUGCAACUGAAUCUGCUGCUGCUGCUGCUGCUCCUCCUGCUCCAGCACCAAUAAUAAAUGAAAACCAAGAUAGCCAAGUUUCCCAGCAACCUACAUCCGCUGGUACCAGUCUGGAAACAGGAAUGAUUAUUGGAGAUGACACUCACGUUGGGAAUCAGGAAGAUACACAAAGUGUGCCGCCUAACACGACAUCGCUCAGCCCUCGACAGCGGCGUGCACAACAACAACAACAACAACAACAACAGACAAGGCGCCCAACUUCAUCAUACUCUCAAGUCCGGCAACCAACUAACACGAAUCAAAUCGGAUCCACUAUCCUAAUUGUUGUUUUGACAUUAGCGCUGGCUGCCCUCAUUUUCCGAAGGAUUUACAUGGCCAAUGAAUAUAGAUUUGACUAUGAAUUGUAAUGAUCAGUUGUUUUGUAUAGCGUAGACUGGGUUUAUUACAUACCUUAUGUAUUCUAGCAUGUUCGGUCACCAUAUUAAACAAUAUUCGCUGGGCAUUGUAUGACCUAUGCAAAGUGGAUUUAAGAAGUUAUAGUAUGCAAAGGUUAUGCAUAAUUAUCCUUGGGAUAGCAAAAAGCAUUUUCCAAAAAUUUUACACUGCAGGGAAACCCAUUUAAGAAUAAUUUUGAUCAUAUCUUAUUCAAAUCAGUUUAGUGUUAGUAGAAUUGAGUUGUUUUCAUUGAGGUUAUGCUGUUCAAAAACGUAUUGUUCUGAACAUGUUGCUGAACUAUUUAACUGGGAAGUUCAUUGGCUUUUAACACCAGUCCAAGUUAAAUUAUAUGCAAUUGUCCCUUUUUGAAGUGAAUCAUAUUUCUUUCUGUUCCCUAAUAUUGUAACCCUGUCGGUUAGAGUGUGAAUUUCCAGUUGUUAUGUGGAUUUGAGCAGCUUGGCAGGUGUUAUGGUACUGCAAAUUUAAAAUCUAUAUUGAAUUCUUAACACUGCUCAGUGAAGUAGUUACAGGCUGAAAUGUAAUACUGGUUUCUUGGCACCAGGUUAACAGAAAUACCAUUAAUUCAAUUUAAAAAUAUCUCCUCUCAUGAGGGAUCCAUCAGAAAUAUGAUCUACAAAGACCUAUAAAGUUAAUCUAAAAAACAGCAGGCAUCAAAUGUACAUCAGCCACCAUGCUUUGUGAUCUUGUAGAUUAUUCAGGAGCGACAAAUUGUAUGGAUUUAAAAAGUUUUCUGAUGGUACAAGAACCCAUAGAAUAUGUAGUAAUAAAAGGAAAAUGAUUUAGCGCUAGUCCAUGAAGCAAUUCUGGCAUAUCUUUUUACUUUUGAGUAGCUUAAUUUAAUGGGAAGAAACAUGAAGGAAUGUUGCAGUAAUUUUGGUAUAAUGUCAAGGUAACUCUAUUUCUAAGCUUCAAUAAGCAUAAGAGUUGUUGCGUUUGAGAAUAGUGCUUGGAUAAGUUAUUUGUAGAAACAUCUUCCCAUCCUGAGUUGGCCAGAGUAACCAUCUAUUGCAUUUUUCAGCAAGUGAUUU